CGCGCGGGGGCCCAGAGCCGGUUCGGCGCGUCGACUGCCCAGAGUCCGCGACCGGGGCGCCCCGAGGACGGAGCGACCAUGGCCUACCACAGCUUCCUGGUGGAGCCCAUCAGCUGCCACGCCUGGAACAAGGACCGCACCCAAAUUGCCAUCUGCCCCAACAACCAUGAGGUGCACAUCUACGAGAAGAGUGGGGCCAAGUGGGCCAAGGUGCAUGAGCUCAAGGAGCACAACGGACAGGUGACAGGCAUCGACUGGGCCCCCGAAAGUAACCGCAUCGUGACGUGUGGCACCGACCGCAACGCUUAUGUGUGGACGUUGAAGGGCCACACGUGGAAGCCCACCCUGGUCAUCCUGCGCAUCAACCGCGCCGCCCGCUGUGUGCGCUGGGCCCCCCAGGAGAACAAGUUCGCCGUGGGCAGCGGCUCCCGUGUCAUCUCCAUCUGCUACUUUGAACAGGAAAAUGACUGGUGGGUGUGCAAGCACAUCAAGAAGCCUAUUCGCUCCACCGUGCUCAGCCUGGACUGGCACCCCAACAACGUGCUCCUGGCAGCCGGCUCCUGUGACUUCAAGUGCAGGAUCUUCUCAGCCUACAUCAAGGAGGUGGAGGAGAGGCCAGCACCCACCCCGUGGGGCUCCAAGAUGCCCUUUGGGGAGCUGAUGUUCGAGUCCAGCAGCAGCUGCGGCUGGGUGCAUGGUGUCUGCUUUUCAGCCAGCGGCAGCCGCAUGGCCUGGGUCAGCCACGACAGCACCGUGUGCCUGGCUGAUGCUGACAAGAAGAUGGCUGUCGCGACUCUGGCCUCUGAAACACUGCCACUGCUGGCACUCACCUUCAUCACAGAGAACAGUCUGGUGGCAGCGGGUCACGACUGCUUCCCAGUGCUGUUUACCUAUGACGGAGCUGCGGGAGCCCUGAGCUUUGGCGGGCGGCUGGACGUGCCCAAGCAGAGCGCGCAGCGUGGCUUGACGGCCCGUGAACGCUUCCAGAACCUGGACAAGAAGGCCAGCUCGGAGGGCAGUGUGGCAGGGGGCUCGGGCCUGGACUCGCUGCACAAGAACAGUGUCAGCCAGAUCUCGGUGCUCAGUGGGGGGAAGGCCAAAUGCUCUGAGUUCUGCACCACGGGUAUGGACGGCGGCAUGAGCAUCUGGGAUGUGAAGAGCUUGGAAUCAGCCUUGAAGGACCUGAAGAUCAAAUGACCUGUGAGGAGUGUGUUGCCUUAAUCCCAGCUGCUGGGGAGGGGCGAGGAAGCUAAGGUUUGCUCUGCCAGAUGUCUCUAGGGUCCCCACAGGGCCUGCUUCUUCAGGAGCUUUUCUUACCCAUUGAAGGAAUAUGUGCCCUUUUUCUUUUUAAGAAAUGCUUUCAAUUAUUGUCAAAAACUGUCUCCAAAGCACUCUGCUGGUCAUGAACUGCUUCAAAAUGUGGCAAUAAAACUGCAACCAUAGACUGCUUGCUAUGUGUUUGGGAGGAUAGUUUUC